GCAACCUGCGCCCUCUACACACCAAUACGUGAACUCCGUGAUCUGUCAAAUGUGCAUCCAAAUAAAAAACCUCAAAAAUGUCCAAAAUAUUCACGCCAACAAACCAAAUCAGACUGACGAAUAUUGCCGUAGUGCGAAUAAAAAAAGGAGGAAAACGUUUCGAGAUCGCCUGUUAUCGCAACAAAGUUGUGUCAUGGAGAAACCAAGUGGAGAAAGACAUCGAUGAAGUCCUCCAGUCACACACCGUUUUCAUGAAUGUGUCGAAAGGGCAAGUUGCGAAGAAAGAAGAUUUAAUUAAAGCGUUUGGAAAAGAUGACCAAACAGAAAUCUGUAAAGAAAUUCUGAUGAAAGGGGAGCUGCAGGUCUCUGAUAAAGAGCGCCAAAGUCAAAACGACCAACUUUUCAAGGAUAUCGCCACCACGGUAGCUGAAAAAUGCCUCAACCCGGAGUUGAAACGACCAUACCCUGUCACAAUCAUUGAAAAAGCGAUGAAAGAUGCGCACUACUCUAUUAAACCUAACCAAUCCGCUAAACAACAAGCUCUUCAGGUGAUUAAACUCCUGAAAGAGCAGAUACCGUUGGAGAGGGCGAAGAUGCGGCUGAAAGUUAUCUCAAAAGGGAAAAUAGCGAAGAAAUUUAAAGAUAAAAUUAGCAAAUUUGAAAGCGUUGAAAUAGAAAAAGAAGAUCGUGAUGAGGACCAAUUAACUCUGAUUUUUGUAAUAGAUCCUGGCUACUUCAAAGAAAUCGAUCAGAUGGUCCAAGCAGAAAUAAAAAACGGCUCCUACCUUGAAGUACUAUCAUAUAAGGAAAUGGCUUCAGGGCUUGAAUACAUGUAACGCUUGUAAAUUAAUUUUAUUAAAAUCUCUGUAAACUUCCUACUUGUCAGUAACAAUGUAUAUACAAAAUAUAAAUACACACCUACACUAAUUA